CGGGACCUGGCAGACUGCUCUCUGACACUGUUAACCAGAGACGGUGUACCAUGCACGGCAUCAGGCUCUGGCCAUGGCUGCUCAGCACGUUGUGGCCACACGUGAUUGCCCUCAGCAACCCCCUCCCCCAUGUGGAACAGUAUGAGGUGGUGAGGCCCCAGCACCUGCCUGGACCCCGUGCCCGUCGAGCCCUGCCCUCCCCCUGGGGCCUGUACCCAGAAAAGAGGAGCUACGUCCUUGGGACUGGAGAGCACAAUUUCACUCUGCACCUGCGGAAGAACAGGGACCUGCUGGGCUCCAACUACACAGAGACCUAUUCAGCUGCUAAUGGCUCUGAGGUGACAGAGCAGCUGCAUGGGCAGGACCACUGCCUCUACCAGGGCCAUGUGGAGGGACACGAGGGCUCUGCUGCCAGCCUUAGCAUCUGCAGUGGUCUCAGGGGCUUCUUCCGGGUGGGCUCCGCGAUCCAUCUGAUUGAGCCUCUGGACGGGAAUGGUGAAGAGGGACAACACGCUGUGUACCAGGCCAAGCACCUGAAGCAGAAGACUGGGACCUGUGGGGUCAGUGAUGUCGACGUGGACAACAUCCUGGGGCCUCGAAUAUUGGCAGCUUACAAGAAUCAGUACCCGAGCUCACUUCUAUCCCAAAAGACCCACUAUGUGGAACUGUAUGUGGUCACUGACAGCAGAGAGUUCCAGUACUUGGGGAGAAACAGAGAGGAGGUGCGCAGGCGGGUGCUGGAAGUGGUGAACCACGUGGACAAGCUUUAUCAGGAAUUCAAUUUCCGUGUGGUUCUGGUGGGCCUAGAGAUCUGGACAGAAGACAAGAUCCACAUAAGCCCCCAAGCCGAUGACACACUGGACAACUUCCUCUCAUGGAGGGCACAGGCCCUAACAGGACGGCUCCACCACGACAAUGUGCAGCUUAUCACGGGCAUCGACUUCACUGGGACCACCGUGGGACUGGCUAAGGUGUCUGCCCUAUGCUCCUGGCAUUCAGGGGCUGUGAACCAGGACCACAGUAAGAACCCCAUUGGCCUGGCGUCCACCAUGGCCCAUGAGCUAGGCCACAACCUGGGCAUGAGACACGACGAAACUAUCGCGGGCUGCUACUGCCCUGUGCCCCAAGAAGGUGGUGGCUGCAUCAUGGCAGGCAGCAUUGGCUCCAAGUUCCCUCAGGUGUUCAGCAAGUGCAGCCAGGCUGAUCUGGAGACGUUCGUGGCGAAGCCCGUGGUGGACUGCUUGGCCAAUGCCCCCGACCUAGACCGGCUAGUGGGAGGCCCUGUGUGCGGGAACCUGUUUGUGGAGCAUGGAGAACAGUGUGACUGUGGUGCCCCCCAGGACUGUCAGAACCGCUGCUGUAAUGCCACCACCUGCCAGCUGGCUGAAGGGGCUGAGUGCGCACAUGGUGAAUGCUGCCACGAGUGUAGGGUGAAACCGGCUGGUGAGCGAUGCCGUAAGGCAAAGGACGGGUGCGACUUGGAGGAGUUCUGUGAUGGCCAGAAGCCAGUGUGCCCUGAGGAUGCCUUCCAGGAGAAUGGGACACCCUGCCAAGAGGGCUACUGCUUCAAUGGAGAAUGCCCCAGCACGACCCGUCAGUGCAAGAAAUUGUGGGGGUCAGGUGCGUGGCCUUCCACCGAUGCCUGCUUCGCAUCCAGCAUUUUGCCAGGUUGCAAGGUCAGAACCUCCUAUGACAUGAACAGAUGUGGCAUCCUGUACUGUGAAGGGGGCCAGAAGCCCAUGGAGCGCUCCUCCUGCACCUUCACCUCCUCCCGAGGCGCUUGCCAAGCUCUCAGCGUGGACAGCAACAGUGCUGCCUAUGAGUCAGUGGCCGAGGGUGCCAAGUGUGGCGAGGAGAAGGUUUGUUGGAAGGGGCACUGCCAGGACCUCCAGGUCUACAGAUCCAAGAACUGCUCUGCCAAAUGCCACAGUCAUGGAGUAUGCAACCACAAGAGUGAGUGUCACUGCCAUGCGGGCUGGGCCCCUCCUCACUGUGCAGAGCUACUGGCAGAUGCGUACCAAGCAUCUAGAAGAUUCCCAGUGUUGGUGGUCUUGCUGCCCCUGGCAGCUGUGAUGGUCAUUAUCCUGGCAGGAGUCAUUAUCUACCGAAAGGUGUGGCGCCCUGUCCAAAACAGGAGCUCAACACCCAAGCCCACCACAGGGCUGUCCAACCCACUGUUCCAUGAGGAAGGCAGCAGUUUGCCAACCAAAAGCAAGAUCCCAAGUGCCCCAGUGCUCAUCUCCACCACACAACCCACCCAGCAAACAUGGAUCCCAAAGAGGCCACCUCCACCUCCUCCAGUCACCAUGUCCAGUCCACCUGGCCCAGUUCCUUUCUACCCCCAGCAGGCAUCAGACCAGCUCAGACCUGCUCCACCCAACAAACCUCUCCCAAAGCUGAAGCCCAAGCAGGCCCCCAAGCCAGCCUUUGCACCCCCGAUGCCACCAGUGAAGCCCUGGGCGUGAGGGAUCACACCUGCAAUGCCUCAGGAACUUGAUGGCCCAAAGUUUGCCCUGAACCCCCAGUCCAGAGGAGGUGACUGGACAGAGCACCACAGCGGGCCUCUGCAAGCCCUGGGGAGUGUGGAAGAGCUCCAGAAUGGUGCUGUGGCCGUGCUCUUCAGCCUCCCAGGGUGGCCACCAGAGCCUCAGCUCGGGACUCAGGGCUGACCCCUCAGCUGCUCCUCUGACCUCAGGACUGCAUCAGACA